AUAGAUGAUCGUCAAAUUUUAACGGAUUAUGAACGAAGUUGCAUGAUGGAGGGUUGGAUUCCAAGACGACUGGAUGGCGGAUUUGGGGACGAAAAGAAUCAGGACACUUCGAUUCGGUACAAGAGGCCGACCAUUUAA